CCCCCCUCCGGACAAACAAACUUGUGUAUCACUUUCGCAGCCAUGCCAGUCAGACACUGAGCGUUAACACGACGAACCGUGUGGCCCGUAGCAGCUGCAGAGUUCCACUGAACCGGACGGAGAGCGGAGGUUUCCGGCUGGGGACCUAACCGUCUGCUGGAGAGAGGCUGGGUGAACAGGAGGAUGGAUGGAGUGAGCUGGAGCACCACACGGACCCCGGAGUCGUUCAGUCGCUCCACGACAGCAACAGACACUCUGUCCCGGCUCGCCAGCUUCAUCGCCCGGUCAGACCCCAAACAGCCCACACACAACCCCAGGCAGCGGCCGUCCCACCUGCACGCGUAUGUUUGUCCAGAGUGUGGCAAGAGUUUCCCUUACGCAACCGAUCUGUUGCUCCACCAAGAAUUAAAACACUCAUUACCCAAACCUCACCGGUGUCCCUCCUGUGGACAGGAGUUCUCCCUGCGGUCAUCCUUGCAGCUACAUAAGUGCGACAGUGAUUCCUCUCCGUGUGAACUUUGUUGUGGAGGGUCACGGUGUGGCUCUCCCUGCCCUUCCUGCAUGCAUCACACCUCAGAUCCCGGGGGGCCACAGGAGAAUCCCCUUCACCUCCAGCCUCACCUCCUGGACAGCAGCCCUUACGCAUGUGCUCCCUGUGGGAGAGGCUUCAGCCAGAAGCAGGCCCUGCUGCAGCAUCAGCAGGCUGGCUGCAGUGAACCACCAUCCCCAUCAGAUGGAGUUGAUGUGAGCAGCCUUCCAGAUUAUUCUCCUCCAGUUUCUGAGGGAGAAACAACCCUCUCUGACUCUUCAGAAGCCCCAGGGCCCAGCAGGAGAGCUGUGCGUGUGUGCCCAUUCUGUUCAAGAAGCUUCCGUACAGCGGCUGGUCUGCAACGCCACAAGCAGUGUAACCACUUUGAGGAGCAGUUGAUGGCCCCAAAGCGACAAAAGACCAAAGGACAAAUGAGGAAAGGAGGAGAUGACCAUGAAGAUCCAAAUAAAAAUUCCAAAUCCAAAAAGCUUCUGAAAUGUCGCUCUUGUGACAUGAUUUUCACGAGCACCUCUAAGCUCUACAUGCACAGGAAAGAUAAGCACAGCAGAGAGAAAAGUACUAGGAGAGACCCGAAGCCAGUCGUCAAAAGGCGCUGGAAAGGACAUGGGAAUCCGUGUCAGGUCUGCGGCAAAGUUUUCUUCCAUCAUUUGUCACUUAAGGCACAUUACAGAUGGCACACAGCCUCAAGCUUCUCUUCAAUCGACAACAAAGGCGGGUCUGAAGGAAGCACUGCCAAAGACUACAAGUUACCAGAAAAUAGACCAAACUACGUAAAAGCCGACUUAAAAGUUACAACGGUAAAGCCUGGACGAGGGAGGCCCAGGAAAGUGCCCAUUUUAGAGAUAAAGAAGAGUGAUUUGAAGAGAUGCAAGGAAGUGCCUGAAGUGAAGGAGGGGGAGGCAGAGGAUGAGGAGGAGGAAGAGGAAGAAGAGAGAGAGUUCCCAUGCCCCUCGUGUGCAGAGGUUUUCUCUCUGCAGUCCAAGCUGUGGGAGCACAUGGAGCUCCACCAGUCGAGUGUGAAGAGGAGGCACUGCAGUGUGUGCACAAACGAGAUGGACACCUGCAAGUGGCCGGGCUCAAAGAGGCACAGACUGUACCACUGUGUGCCCUGUCAGCAGGGAUUCUCAGCCAUGGACUCUUUCCUAGAACACUGUCAGGAGCACCUGCGAGUCCGGGUGGAGGAGGACAGCCUCACAGAGGCCUACAUGCAGCAGGCCGGCAAAGCCUGACAUCCAGUUUAAAUGUCAUCAGCGAUUUACCUUUUUUGCCUUCAAGGGCCCCGAGAGCCGAGAGGGAUGAGGGGAAAUUCUUGUUGAUUAACCAGUUCAUUCACUGAGCGCGCAGAGCAUCUGCAUUUAAUUGGUCCACGGAUUUGAUUUAUUCACACUAACAAAGCAAAGGUUGAAGAAAUUGGUUGAUAAAGGCCCAUCCCAGAGUCUAUAAGUUUAAAUCAAAUUUACUUAACCCUUUUUCUUAAUAAUUCUUUAAUUCAUAGUUAUUUCUAAUGUUUUCUAUAGUGGCCAUUUAGUUACUGUUCAAUGCUAUAGCUGCAUGAUUUUGAAAACUGAACAUUGAUGUGGUGUCUGUGGGACAGAUCUCAGACAGGACAAGUUGUCACAUAUUUUGGUUUACUGCACAUCAUCACUUGAAGCGGUUCAUCCCCCAAAAUGUUGACAUCUUUGUCGGUGUCUUCUCUGUGUAUGGCAUUUUCAUCCUGAAACAUUUGUAUCCUUUUUGAUUUAUUCAUUUUUCCCCGUUUUGGCAUCUGUCGUCAUUAACACAGACUCCCUGUGAAUCCUGCGAAGGAUCCUCCUGAUUUCUCACUAGGGGACUGGCCGGAGGCUCUCACUCCGUCAAUUGUGAUUUCACAUCCAGCCCCCCAGAGAAUGUCUGUAGAUUAGCUGGAGUUAAUCGUAUUCCUGAGAUGGAUCACCUAUGUGUAAAGUUGUCUACAAAUUGUUUUUGUUUUGUUAUUCUAUUAUUCCUUUUGAAAUACAAUGACAUUUGUGGUAGUGUGAUAGGCAAAAGAAAAUUGCCAAAACAACAGUGUGAUUCUUAAAUAGUCUGAAUCUGACAUGGGAAUGAUCCUAAUGACCAAUUUCCCUGUUGAUUUACAUUUAGACCUGUGGACUAAUCCGAAAAAAAUAGAAAUAUGGAAAGAAGUCAAAGCACUCAAGAUGUGUUGUCUGCCAUUAUUUGUUUUCAGGUCGAGCCUGGUUAAUAUUUGCAAGUGUUUCACCCAGGUUGGGGCAUUACCACAGAAGGGGAAAUGUAAGUUGAGCAUUUGUAUGCACUGUUUCAGCCGUUCUUUGAAAUCCACAUGGCUGACGCAGAUAGUUUUUUUUACCCAGCCCAAUGCUUCUCAUUAUGGCCUGUCUUUUGAGCUGGCUUAAACUCUGGUAAUAUUACCUCAAUAUGCAAAAUGAUAGACCAUCGGUCUGUGGGAUGAGUAAUGAGUGCACUUGGUGAAUGAAAAGGAUCAACAGGACUUUUUCUUUAGUUUGUUGUUAUAAAGGGUUUUCAGCUACUGUCUUCAAAGAGCUACUGUGAAAAUAUAGAAAAAUCACUUAAUAGUUUUGGAUUCUUCCAUUUUUUCAAGCUAUUUUGUAAAAUAGUUUGACUCUUUGUAGAUAAAUAUUAUUAAAACGUAUCAAACUGU